AUGCAAAACUUCACUUGGCAGUUCAUGUUCAUUGUGAGGUUGAAACAGACAGAGACUAGAGAAGUGACACAGAACAUCACAACAGUGUUGCCAGUGUUGCCACAGAUGCGACACCUGCUGUCUGUCAGUCAUCCCCAGUCCAAUGGCUCGAUUGAGCCAUUUCACGCCACCUUAUUGGAAAUGAUCAGAUCCCAUGUAUCCGAAAAUCCCGACGAACAUCCCUUCAAUAUUCUUCCCUAUGCUAUUCAGUGCUACAAUAGCACUAGAAAUAAAACUACUGGCUUUACACCAUACGAGCUCGUGUUUGGCCACACCUCUGGUCGUCCGCCCGAACACGUAUAUUUAGAAAAAGAAUUAAUGUCCAAGACAGAGCAUAUGAACUCUGAAGAACAAGACGCAAUCACCAAGUUAGUGAGAGAGUAUUCAGACAUAUUUCACAUAGAUGGGGAGGUGAGCAAGCUACAAUCUUCAAACAGAGAUAGGAAACCAAACAUAGAAAAAAUAAAGAACAUGUCAUAA